GUUUACAGUCUAAAACAAAAACAAAAACGGGGUUGUCAGCAUACAGAGCUGUCAAGGGCACAAACACAACAACUGGAAAUGUGAAGUGGCAGCAAUAAAGGGCAAAGCUUAUGUUUGCCGCUUGCCUGCCUGCCAGCAGAGUGUGGACAGGACUCUCCAGUGCGCCCUGUGCCCAGGAGGGGCGGGGUGGGUGGCAGUGUAGGGACAGAGGGAGAGAGGGAGAGGAGAGAGGAGGGCAGGACUGGCAGGGUGCGGUCUGAAGUGGCAACAGAUCGUUUUGGAUCACUCAAAUCCCUUCAAUUCAACUGGAAAGCUGCAGCUUGUUGCACGCCGGCCGCAUAUGGAGAGGAAACGCUUUCAAUCCAGAGAGGGCACCAACCAAACAGCGGGCGAAAGUGGCUGAUGUUGUGACAGUUUCCCAGCGCAAAAGAAAGAGAGGGAGAGAAACCACAACACUGCAACUUGGAUAACCACUCUCUCUCUUUAACUCUCUCACCCACCAAAUCGACUUUGAACCUGUUUGUUUAAAUACACGGACUUUACAGCCUGCACACUUACUGUUGAUUCUGUAAGGCGGAGGGAGCGAAGUUUCUCAAUUUGGCUCAAUUUCUUUGGAGCAGCUUAAAACUUUUUGGUGUCCUCAUGGUGCCUGGUGCAGCCAAGGUGCUGAGCUUCUUUUAUCCGAGUUUUUCGGACGUGAUGUUGCGACUGUCACGGACGAUGGAGUCGGGAACUGAACCGGGGAGGUACUGAACACAUCUCUCUCCCCCGGGAGAGUUCUCCCUCCCCCCGGGGCGAUGCGGAUCUCCUUCCUCCUUCUCACCGCCUCUCUGUGUGCCUUGGUCCUCCUCCUCGCACCUGCCUCGGAGGGCUGCGGGCCGGGGAGGGGGUACGGCAAGAGGCGGCUCCCGAAGAAGCUCAUCCCGCUUGCUUACAAGCAAUUCAGUCCCAACGUCGCCGAGAAGACCCUUGGAGCCAGCGGGAGACCCGAGGGCAAAAUAACACGCAACUCCGAGCGCUUUAAAGAACUGACGCCGAAUUACAACACAGAUAUUAUCUUCAAAGAUGAGGAGGACACGGGCGCCGACAGACUCAUGACCCAGCGUUGUAAAGACAAGUUAAACUCUCUGGCCAUCUCUGUGAUGAACAUGUGGCCGGGUGUGAAGCUGAGAGUGACGGAGGGCUGGGAUGAGGACGGUCAUCAUUCAGAGGACUCGUUGCACUAUGAGGGACGUGCUGUCGACAUUACCACCUCAGACAGGGACAGAAAUAAGUAUGCCAUGUUGGCCCGGCUGGCCGUAGAAGCUGGAUUUGACUGGGUCUACUACGAGUCCAAAGCCCACAUUCACUGUAGCGUCAAGUCAGAACAUUCGGUGGCAGCCAAAACUGGUGGUUGUUUCCCUGGCAAUGCUCAGGUUCUCCUCAAGGGCGGGGCUACUAAACAGAUGCGUGACCUUCACCCUGGCGACCGUGUCUUGGCUUCUUCAACAACAGAUGGCCAUGGCCCCCUUCUCUACAGCCCGGUCUUAUCCUUUGUGGACCGCCAGCCCAACGUCACAAAGAUCUUUUACAUCAUUGGCACCAACACAGGACUUAAUAUUACUCUCACAGCCGCUCACCUGAUCUUUGUCACAGACUGCAAUGCUGGGCUGAGUGAGCCAAAGCGGGAAGAGACAGCUGAAGAGCCACUUUUGGGCUCCACACGGGAGGGCAGGUCUAGCCGGGAAGCAGGUCUGAGGACAGUUUUUGCCAGUGAGGUCCAGCCAGGACAGUGUGUACUCACGUCACAAGGGAAAGUGGGGUCACAGGCAACACUUUCAGUCGUGACCUUUGUAGAAGAACAGAGGAGCACCGGGUUGUAUGCCCCACUAACCCAGCAUGGGUCCAUAGUGGUGAAUGGCGUGCUGGCAUCCUGCUAUGCUGCUGUGGACAAUCACUAUUUGGCCCACUGGGUCCUGGCCCCACUGAGAUUCUUCUACAGCCUGAUGGGACCUUCAGAACCACAGACUGACGGCCUGCACUGGUACCCUCAGCUUCUACAGAGGCUGGGGCAAAUGCUGCUGGACGCUGGACACUUCCACCCUUGGGGGAUCGAGCAAGGACAUAGAUAGGAGCCACAGAGACAUGUUUCACACUGAUGACUUCAUUCACUUACCUGUAUUCAGGAUCACCAAAGCACAGAUUGAGGGACCACCAAAGACAAUUUAUUUUAUAGUGGAAAUGUGUUUUUACCAAUUCAACAAACUCCUUGUAGCACAUGUAAAAUUGUGCAAAAGACAGAGAGGAGAGGAAACUGAGAAGAUUUGUUUUUAUACAAUUUCAAGAUUUAUAGGACUGGAAAGACUGAGGUGUGACAGAAAACCCAAGACACUUCUGUAAGUGCUUGAUGAAUUCAUUUCAAUUUAAAUUUCAAUUUAAGAGGUGAACAUCUAUGUCAAUAUCUUUAAGUUCCCCUCAGAGCACCUCAGCGAUCAAAAACAGGGACUGUGAUUAAAAACGAUAGCUUUCAUUAAAACAAGUAGGUAGUGAAGUAAGACAAUCAGGUUUCAUCAUUACUUUGUACUGUAUUUACUGUAAUCUGUCAACAUUUGUGCAUCUUGAGAUCACGCUGGGGCUUACUGAUAUAAGAAAUUUAAACCUACAUGGACACCUUUUGUGACACCUGUUGAGAUGGACGGGCUUCAGAGAAACGGUUAAGCUGAAGGCAUGAAGGAAACAUUUGAGGAGGAGGAGGAGGAAGAGGAAGAAAAGACAGAAUAACAUGGAGAAAGCUAGUGACUGAACAAGGUGUGAUUUGAAGCUCUAUACGUACAUUAGGUAUUUCUACAGUUAAGUAAUGUUAAGAAGGAAAUAGAGACAACAAAUGAACUUUGCUGUUUACUGUCAGAAUCAUCACUGCAGUAAAUUCACUGAUACUUUACACUUUUUAUAGAGCCUAUACUGUAUAUUAGAGUUAAUUUACAAAAUAAUAUUUAACUGGACAAUGGGGCAUGAAGUUAUAUGUAUUUACUGAAUGCAGUGUAGCACUUUGCUAGUGUUGCAUUAUAGCUUCACAUCUGAAAAGGGCUUUGUUGGAAGAAGCAUUGAAUGGCAAGGGAAUGAUGAUGGACACGGUAAUUGUGUUACUGUGUGUAAACUUCAACUUUACAACAUUUGUGAAGUACUGAUGCAGGAUAGGUGCGUGGGGUUAUAAUGGCCACGCUUUCAGUCUGUUUUUCCAAGUUUGUCAUCUGCUUUCAGUCAGCUUGAUUGUCUGAUUCAUAUGGUUCAUUUAUACAUCUUCAUUUUUUUUAUCAGUUAUUUAAAAGGUGUAGUUUUGUAACAUGUUUUUCAUUGUUUCGGGUUUUCAAUUUUCAGGUCAGUUGUAUCUAGUUAAGGCAUACACAACACUCAGGCUGUAUUCAACUACUGUAUUAAGCAACAGCUAUGCAUCAUAUUAAAUAUAAUGAUAAUAAUAAUACUUGAUAGCUCUGCUUUGCAUGGUCUUUCUUUGUAUUCCAUCUAUCACCCAAGACUUAAGACCUAGAUUGACAGAGGUACAGAAAUGGUUUGGUUUUGAACACCAUGGGAAGCAGAUGUGACAGGUGGCUGAAUGAAUAUGGAUAAACAUGUAGUUCAUAUUAGUGUCCUUCCAGUUGACACUUAUUGAGCAUGCUUUGUGAAGACUCAAACAUUGCAAGUAUUUAGGAACUCCAAGGCGUUAUUCUAUAUGCCUGCUAAAAGAUUUGUCACAUAUGUAUAUUAAGCUAUUGUUGGAGAGACUAUUUAAAGAUCUAUUUUUAGAAAAUAAUGUUAACUAUUAUUAUUUUCGGUAACUCUGUGCAUAUACUUUGUAUUUGAAACAUAAAGUUGUUGUUUUUUAA